AAUAUAAUUAAAUUUUAAACUGAUAAUAAAUUAUGAAAAUGAGUAAAAUGCAUCUAAUUAAACUACCUUUUAGCAUACAUGUUAGAAUAGCUUUAUUAUUAUAAAGUAUUAUUAUUCAUUCAUUCAAUACACCUGCAAGCUGAACGGAUUAAGGAAUGGAAUUUGCAUCAAUCAUUCAAGUUCAUUCAAUCAAUCAAAUGGAAUUGUCGCUGAUUGCCAAUGCCAACCGAUCAAACGAUAUAAUUUUAAAACACCGUGAUAUUUAGUUAAAUGCUCUCAAAUCUCGUCGCGGAGGCGUUUUGCCAGUUUAGCGUAUAUCGUCUAUUAUUAUGACGACGCCGUGAAAACGUUUUGUAACCCGUGUUCUGUGCUGUGUUGUGGACAGUGGUGUCUUGAAUAACACGAAUUUACCACACAUUCUUAUCGUUUUAGCGUAGUGUAAAUGGAUUACAACGCUUCAUUUACUUUCGUAAACACGUAACGUCAUCAGGUAUGACGGCCGAGUGAAACAACACACCCGCCGUUCGUGUUAUAACAAUGUAAACUCGCAGUGUCAAAGUGUAUUUUAUUCCGUUCAAAAAUGCUCAAAUAAAUCAGUUCCUUAAAGUGAUUUAAAUACGUCCGUUUUAAACUAGCGUUUGCAAAUUUACAACAACGCCAUCUGUGAAUGAGUAGCGAAACUAGUGUUGCAAUAAUUGCUGUAAGUGCCCUCUGUGUUCGAGUAGUAUUAUGAGCGCCAUCUGUGUGUGAGUGUUGGAACUAUGCGGUGAUGGAGGCGGGGUUUAUAAGGGCGAGCGCGGGUGGGGGCGCGCCCCCCGCCUCAGCGAGUGUGGUGCGCGCGCCGGGCCUGAAGAGGGGCAAGACGGAGGAGGCGAUAUCGGACCGGAUCAAGUUGGAGAGCGUGCUCGGGCUAACAGUGUCCUCCAAUGCUGCGCUCGACUGUGAUCCGAACACCGAGCUCGUCGCAUACCCGGCAGGAUGCACCGUGGUCCUCUACAACGUACGCAAGAACCGUCAGACGCACGUACUGAACGCGUCAAGGAAAAGCGUCACUUGCGUCGCCUUCAGCCUCGAUGGACGAUACCUUGCCACUGGGGAGUGUGGGCACGCGCCCGCCGUGCGGGUUUGGGACCUACAGGACCCGACGGCUUCAGGCGCGGUUCAGAUUGCGGAGUUCCCCGGGCACACACAUGGAGUCAACUGCGUUGCGUUCUCGACGUCGUCGAAGUACCUCGUGUCGGUGGGAUCGCAACAUGACAUGAUCGUCAACGUGUGGGACUGGCGGGCGAAUUUGAAGCUUGCCAGUAACAAGGUGUCGUCACGCGUUAAAGCAGUCAGCUUCGCUGAAAAUGGCAAUUACUUCGUGACAGUCGGCUUUAGGCAUGUCAAGUUCUGGUAUCUGGAGUAUUCUAGAAAUGCUAAGUUCAAAGAGCCAGUACCCCUAAUGGGUCGCUCGGCGAUACUAGGCGAGCAGAAAGACAAUGAAUUCUGUGACGUCGUAUGCGGUCGAGGCGAAGCGGCGGAUAGUACCUUUGCUAUUACCAGGAGUGGGCUACUAUGUGAAUUCAAUAGUAGGAGGUUGCUCGAUAAAUGGGUCGAACUGAGGACGACAUCAGCGAACUGCAUGUCCAUCGGCGCCGGCUACAUCUUCGUGGGCUGCGCCGAGGGCCUCGUGCGGUGCUUCGCUCCUGACUCCCUACGAUAUGUGACUACCUUGCCGAGGACGCAUUAUCUGGGAGUAGACGUUGCUCAGGGACUAAAUAUAAGCCACAUGUUCACCGUGCCGCCCAACGCGCGGUAUCCAGACGCUAUCGCUUUAACAUAUGAUGACAGAAAUCACAAGCUCACCUGCGUUUACAAUGAUCACAGUCUUUACGUCUGGGACGUCAGAGACAUUAAAAGGGUGGGCAAAUCCCACUCCGCCCUCUACCACUCCGCAUGCAUCUGGGGCGUGGACAUGGCCAACGGAGCUGGCACCCUUCCAGCCGGCACCUUCGUCACCUGUUCCAGUGACGAUACCGUCAGGAUGUGGACCUUGCAGGGCAGGAGCGGUCCUAACAUCUACAGCAACGAACUGGACAAAGUGGUCUACAUAGAUCCAGAGCUGAAAUUCCUGAAAGAUGCCGAUCUCAGUGCGGGUGAUAAGGACAAAGCGAAGUCGUAUGACGACAAAACUGGUGUACGAUGUGUGAGGAUAAGUCCGGACGGCGCGCACAUAGCAUCGGGUGAUCGAGCUGGCAACGUGUGGAUACAUUCAGCUACCGGCUCACUAUUACACAGGUUGGAAGCCCACGACGCCGAAGUGUUGUGCCUGGAGUAUUCUGCCAAACCACGACUUUUGGCUUCAGCAUCGAGAGACCGUCUCAUUCACGUGUUCAUGGUCGAUCGGGGCUACCAAAUUCUGCAAACUUUGGACGAGCACUCAUCCAGUAUAACAGCAGUUCGUCUCAUCCCCGCGCCAGCUCCUGCGACGCUUCAACUCGUGUCGUGCGGAGCAGACAAGACGGUUCUAUUCCGACAGCUCAUCGUGACCCCGGACGGCGGGUACAAGUUCGAACGGGGACAGAACGUGUCCGGACGAACGACGUUGUACGAUAUGGAGGUGGACGCCGGCGGACGACACGUCUUGACAGCUUGUCAGGAUCGAAACGUCAGGGUGUACAGCGCUUCCAACGGCCGACACACAAAAACCUUCAGAGGAACCACAGCUGACGACGGGACGCUCAUAAAGGUGGCGUUAGACAAUAGUGGCAUCUACCUCGCUACUUCGUGUACGGACAAAGUGCUGAGCGUUUACGACUACUACUCUGGGGAGUGUAUGGCGACAAUGUAUGGGCAUUCCGAAAUAGUCACUGGACUCAGGUUCACGCCGGACUGCCAGCACCUGGUCUCGGCGUCGGGCGACGGCUGCGUGUUCGUGUGGCGCGUGCCGCACGACAUGGUGGUCACCAUGCGGGCGCGGCUGGCUCAGCAGGCCAUACGGCAGGGCAAACGAGUCGCGCCAUCUAACGGAGUGAGCGGCGUAGAAAGUGAAACGGAUUCACAUCUCGGCUCGCCGCCACGGGAAUUAUUAGAUGACAAAUUCGCUACGCCCGUCGUACCUGACUAUACGCUCCGUAUCGGGCGCUUGCCGUCGUGGGCCAAGAAGAGUCUCGGCGACGAGCUGGUCGCCGAGUCGCCCGCGCCCGACCCGCCCGCGCGAGGCAAGUGGGCGCGGCGGAUACAGCCCAACGACAAACGUGGCGAUUCGGACGGCUCAAAAGACAGCUCGCUCGACAGCGGCACUGACACGCGGUACGGCGACAAGCGACGCGACAUCGUCAACAAACAGAGGCCGAAAUCGCUCAACCUGUCGCAGCUGCCGCGCGUGGAAGCGCUGUUUCGCAACUUCGACGCGACCAUGCGUAAAACAUAUGACAUUUUGACCAUUUCGCCGAGGCUGGAGAAGGUGUCGCUGCAGCUGCCCCCGCCAACGGCGCGCACGCGCCACCACACAGACGACUCGUCGCUUGGCAGUUUUAAAUAUGAGGAACAGGAGUCAACGGAGCACGAUGGGGAUAUAGAGGACAUCUCAGAUGGCGAACGAACUUCAUCCUCUGAGAGAAAUCGACCGACCUACUAUCCUGGAAAUAAUGACGAUGAUACGCCUGGAGAAUUCAUGGUGAACGCAAUGGACGCUGAGGAGCUUAGGCAGUCAAUGCGGCGCUCCAAACAGUGGGCCGGGGACAGGCUGGCGCCGCCCGCCACCGGGGCCUCGCUGAGCGGCUCGGGACACGAAGAGGAUGAAGAUGAGGUCUCGACGCCAUCAGGAGAUAAUGCGGAGCGUAACCCUCUCUCAGGAUCGUGUGAGAGCAUAGACACAGCUGUCAGACGAGAGAAGUACCUUAAGUCCGCCUUCGACAGCCUCAGUGGAGCCGAGUUGGAUACUAGCCCAGGAGGUCACACGUCCCUGUCAGCACAGCACCUGUCCCGAGCGCCCCGCACGGCGCCCACGCCCGCGCCGCGCACGCCGGCCAAGCCGCCCGACCCCGAGGCGGCGCGCCGGCGCGAGGAGCUGCACCGCCGCAUACUGGAGACCAGGCGCCAGCUGGAGAGCGUGGCGUUCCGCUCGAACCUCAAAUCCAGCCAAUCCACGACGGACCUCUCGUACAUCCCGGAGAAGGACAGGAAUCGCAAUCGCCCCGUCUCCAUGGCCGUGCCGAGCAAUUCUAGACCAUACGCGAACCGAACUCACCUAUCGCCGUACGCACCUGAAGAAGAGUCCGGCAUGAGGCGUGCUAUCUCUCUCUCGGACCUGGCCGCUAAGCCGCUACCGGCGCCUAGGACGCAAGCAUCUGCAAGCAAACCCACAGCCUCCGCUAGUCCAGUGAAGAGCCCUAGUGGCUUCGCCAGGCCUGCCCCAAGAUAUACUGCCAAAUCUAACAUGACAAGAAGUAGCAGUGUCGGAGUAUUGAACCAGAGCGACUCGGAAUCUGAUCCUGCGCCGUCCAGGACCCGCGGUGCGGGUCUGAUGCGGCCCACAAUUAGUUCUAUGAACAAACAGGCCAGCAACAGCCGACGCAGGCCGCUACCCAACGCUUAUAGCUCCGUGUCGCUGUCGACGGCCGCCCAAGAAGAGUCCAGCUCCGAAGCCGAGGACAAGCCUGGGCAGCCCCGAUCGAGGGCAGGCAGUGUCGAUGCUCGGCGUAUCGGUCGGAGCGGCUCAGAACGCGACCUGUCGGCGAAGGCGCGCGAAGUAACGGCGCGGCUCACUCAGCCCUCCGGCCGGCCGCGCGGCAAGGCGGACCCAGCUACACCCGACCCGCAGCUGUCAUCGUCCCAGCUAUGCUCAGCGUUGACUGAGCAGUUGACGCGCACAGCGAGCAAGGUCGUCCAGUUGUACCGGAGUCUUAGGCAAGAGCCCGGUGCCGCCGCUGAUAUUAGCGGUCUAGAAGCAGCCAUUCUAGAAACGCAAAAAGUCCUCCGCGGGGCCGUCGCGCAAAACGGGGACGCUCCGAGCAGCCUGUCGUCCACUGAGGGGGAAUAUAGAGGCAUGAACGUGGACAGUACGAGGCAGAAACUGGAGCACCUUGUGUCUAAAGAAUCCAACAACAUGUCCCUAAUGGAGCAAUACAGCGACAUACUCCUAAACAUGAUGCAAAGCAAGAUGGUGAACCAAUUCUCGCAGAGCCCUCAGUCCCUACCGCCGGCGCGCGAACCCGGGGCAAGCAGCUAGUAUAUGUAGCGACAUAACACGUGAUAUAAUAUACCACGAAACGUGUAAAAACGACGUUCAUAAACGCCACCUACUGUCGAAAGCUAGUACUAAACGUUUCAUAAACGUUACCAGCUCACGCCAUCUAUGAUGAAUAGUCGGUACUAAACGUUUCAAUAGAGGUCACGCCAUCUAGUGGAAUUGAACUAAAAGUAUGUGAGAUUACGUUAAGACAUUUAGAGUCAGUAAUGCCAUAUAGUGGUGAAUACUAAAGUGUCAGAGAUGUGAAGGUGAUACAACUGAUAGGACGCCAUCUGGCGGUGAGUAGUUGGACAAUUAUAAGUGUGUUUUGCCUGUGAUGGAAUUUAAACUAUGUAUAUUUAGACCUCUUGUGUCGAUUCGUGUGAAAAGUCGUCUUAAAGUCUCUUUUUACACGAAACUACGCGUGUCACGAUGGUCCUAGAAUGUCAAUAGUUGGAAAUAGGCCUAAAGUAUUUUCAAGGCUACUCAAUCUUGGCUUGAAUUAGAAAUGACGUAUUGAGUAUUAUAUCUAAAUCAGUAAGAAUGUUUAUAUACUUGGACCGCAACGCCAUCUAUUGGUUUGAUUAUGGAAGUAUAUUGUAACGCCAUCUAGUGAUUUGAUUAUGAAAGUCGUCCAAAUAAUGUUUUAGUUGUAACCAGGGCAUUGUAUGUUCGUGUAAAUUUUGCUAAAUAAAAUUUAGAACUAAUAUUGUGUUUGUGCGGCGUCCAUUAUUUAGUAUUACAUUUGACAUUACAUAUUUAUUGAAUUUUAAUAUAUAUUUUUUCCAGUAUUGGCCUAUUUAGGUUUUUAUUAAACUAGAGCUGAAUUUUCUUUAAUAUUACUGUUAUAAUAGAACGAGAGUCAAAAGGCAUUUGCUAUGGCCGAUAGCGGAUUGGAGAGGGAGGGGCAUACAUUUAAUUACAAAUUUUAUCCUCUAGGGGGGCAGCUGCCCCACCCUCUAGGGGGGCAGCUGCCCCCUGGGCCGCCACCCUUGGCCACGCCCUUGGGUAUACUAAUCUGAGCGUGACUGGUGUAAAAAAAAUAGGUAAAAACGUUGGACGCUGCCGUACCACAUGACAAAUAUUGAAGAUAUUUCGUCAUGUGAUGGAGUAACAGAUAUUUGUGAAACUCUGAUUUUAUUCAGCGGUAAAAUUUUAAGUUUUACAAGAGUGUAAUACUAACUUUGUUUUAAUAGCAUAACAAAGGAGAGUUAGAAGACAAUGGCGCCACCAUUUUAUUUUGUAUACAUGGAAUACCUAUACCUAAUACCUAAGCAAAAAAUAAUAAUUUGUUUUUUUUUCUAACUUAAAAUUUUUGUUGUGUGUGUCGUAAUGUUGUUAAAAUUCUCUAAUUUAACCUAAUCUUAUAACCUUCAAAUAAACAAUUAAAACAUAUUAUUAUAAAUAAAAAAUAAAAAAUGAUUGUAUGCGAAUCCCUUUGAUACUAAACGGGCAGGCGCUAAACGUCACACACAAACACCCAAUGUGUCAGGAUGUGACGUUUUUGACAUAAAAUGUGGGGAAAUGACGGGUAACCAUAGCCAAUCCCUUUUCUGUAAGAUACAACAAGAUAUUUCUAAGACUGUCAUUAUUGUUUUUUUUUUGAGAUAUCUUCAUUUAUAUUGAAAUACGAUUAAAUAAACUGGUGGCGCCAUCUAGGCCUUGUAUAACCAUGUGAGAUGAACUAAAAGACCUUAAAAAAUACUUUUAGAUAUUUAAAAAAAACUUAAGCUAUUAUGUUUGUAAAUGUUAUUUAUUCCAUUCGUUGUAAAUUGUAUAUUUUACAUUGUUUUCUAAAUUGUUUUUAAAUAACGAAUUUAAUCAGAGUUAUUAAAAAAGGAAAAUCCGUCGCCAUUUUUAGAUAGUAUUUAUAUUUGCAUUUAUUUAUCAUUCCAAUUAUGUUUUUAUUAAGUAAUUAUACAAAUGCACAAAACCAGGUAAGAGACAAGAUUUUUUUUUUGCGAUUUUAGCGUAUAAAAAUCAAGAUUUAAGAAAAGUAAAAGAUACCGUCAAUACAGAGUACCUCUUUCUCUGAUUGUUCUGGGGGCACGGCCGUGCCCCCGGCAAGACGAUAAUAAGAACUAUUUUUAACUGCAUCAGAUGCCAGUAUUGUCUUCAUAACAACCAACGAAGAGGUACAUACAGUGGCGGGGCAAGACCAACAUUUGGUGCGGGCAAGGUACAUUUAGCGAGGCCCUCUGGUGGCGCAAGAAAAAACUAAUACAUUUUAACGUUGCGUCCGAGUUUACGUAUAUAUUUGAGGCGCGAGGCCCCUCGGACCGCCAGGCCGUAGGCCGCACAUUGCCUAGGAAAAUACAAUACAUAUGAGUGUAAACUACAUGUUUUGUGUUUAGAAGUGUGUCCUAUUUAGAGAAAUAACGGAAUUGUGAAUUUUAAACCUCCUACUAUAAGGGUGUAAAUAUUAAAAAUAAGUGAUAACUGUACAUCCAGCCGCUUCACGAAAGUUAUGUCUUAAGCCAGUUUCGUAUUUAUUUGAGCGUGUUUUAGAAAUGCGCUCAAAUAUAUUGAUCAUUUUAUGAAUAGUGCGUAGAUUAUUCACUAGAUGGCGCUAGUGUUUUUAUUUUUAUAUGCUCUUGCAGCUGCUACAAUAAAUUCUAUUUUACGCAAUAAUUAAGAACAACUGAUAUUUACAUGUGUAUUUUUUACCGUACAUCAUAUUCUGUUUUAUUUUUUUUAUUCCCUAGCGUCAUCUUUUGUCGAAUUGCACUAUAUCUUUUUUUCUGUUAAAAGUACGACAAAUAGCAAGAUCUACGCCUUGUGUAUCCUGAAUUAAACCUUACAACCCCAUAAAUAAGGUAUCAUUUCACUAAAAAGUUACUUUACGGUGAAGGCUAGACGUACAAUAAAUACUGUGAUUUACUAAUAUUUAUAAUAUCGUGAUAUAUAUUGAUCGUCUAGUCUAGUAUAAUCAUUGAUCACAAUAUUUAUCACGGAAACCUAGAUUAGUAUUCUGGAUCGCAGUUUGUGAUAAAUAUUGACAUCCAUCAAUAUACUAGACUACACGUCAGAGCUACAUGCACAGUAAAUACUGCGAUAUGUCAGUAUAUACGUUAUGUAUACGCAUCGUGACAGCUAUGGAGAGUGACGGCUGAGGGCGUACCGCGAACCACGUUCGAUGUGUUGCCUCUCUGUUGCACUUGUAAAUUCGUAUGUGAGUAUGACAUGGAGAACGUGGUUCGCGGUAGGCCCUCUGAGCUCUAUAAAACAGUUACAGUACUGACGUGAUAAAUAUUGCACGUGUAGCGAUGCGUGUAUCAUUAUAUUUAUUGCACGUCUAGCCUUUGCCUACAGGUCUACUUCUGAAAUGAUAAUGGUUCCUUUACAUAAGAAAUAUUCCUACAAUGAAGGUUAGGUGUAUCAGAGCACUGCACUGUAAAUAUAAUCGUACGACCGAGCUAUAGAGCUCAAUUUGUAAUGAUCGGAAUCUGUUUCUUGCGUCCAAGUACUAGGAGUGAAUUGUCAAACUUAUUAUUAAAUUUCAUGUGUGUAGUACUAAAGUCGUUGGCGCGGCGUGAAACGUGAUUUUACCGACUUGGAUUAAGGAAAUGGAGUUAUGUUUAUGAAUAAUUAAUAUAUGACAAAUAAGUAAGUAAAUAUUCUUUAUUGCAUCACAUACAAAACAAACUCCAACAAGAUUUACAAUAUAAAUAAAGGUAGCAACAGUCGGUGUUAUCGCUGUAAGUAAUCGAUCUCUUCCAGACAACCUUAGGGUAGCAGGAUAUAAAGAAUAGAAAACUUUUCGAAUAAAUUAGAGGAACUAAUACUUUUUCUUUGUUUUUUUAUUUGCCAGAGUUUAGUUCUGAAAGUUCUAAUAAAACAAUGAAUAUUAUCAUCAAACAAAAUAUACGAAUAUGGUAACAUUAUCAAAUUUCAAUUUGACAUAAAAUAAGACAUAUCUUUUUAUCUACUUAGCUGUUGUUUGUAUAAUACUUGUUUUUUUUAAGUAAAGUAUUUUUUAUCUUGAACAAUAAAUUAAACCCACACAAAUAUAUCUACCUUCCAAUAAGCGAAUUAUUUAAAAUAUGAAAUUUUGGCUGCAUAUACAGCAUCAAUUAAUAAAUUAUAGCACAUUUAACUGAUGUGAUUAAAAAUAAUCAUAAAAGUCUAAAUAAACAUAUCCCAUGAUCCCACAUAGAUCCCGCUUCUGAAGUCAAAAUUACAAUGGGAAUAAUAUUUUUCAUAACCCAUCCUGUUUGACCGGUGUUCACGUUUCAAGCCGCGCCGCCAGGUUGGCUGUGAGUCGUCUGAAUUAGCCUACAAUGCACAUUUUCAACUAUUUUGCAACGCCCUUACAAAAUGUCGAAACAAACCACUUAUAUAAGUUACACAAAAAUUAUCAGCGUUUAUUUGGACUGAAAUAUGAAAAAGACAGUCAUAGUGUUAAGUUCAAAAACUGCACGAAAAUAAACAAGCGUACGGCCCAUUUCAUAGUAAGGCACUGUUUUAAAAAUUAUAUGUAAAUUACACUUUUCUGACCAGGCGUUAAGGGAUCAGGGCGUCCGCUAGGUGGCGCGGACGCGUGGGCCUGUUUUUACAUACAAUGGCACCAAAUGCAUUCUACUAUUAUUUUAAAUAAAACUGUCAUAAAUGCAGAGUUCGCUGUAACUUAUAAAAGUGGGAAUAAUUCUUAUUUGUUCCAUAGUCCUGUUGAAGCUUCAAACAUAUAACAAUAUUAAUCGUAUCCUUGUUAACUAAAUAUAGUAAAAAUCCAGAUUAAAGAUUGGACAGUUGCAUUUUUUGGACCAAUCCAUAAUAUUAUAAAAACAUUAAAUUUUUACCUUCCCUAACUUCAUAAGCCAUACUUAAUUUGGAUUUCUACUAGGAACUUAGGAGCUCCGGCUAUGGAAUAAGUAAGGCAGUGAAAGCGACGCGAUUUCCAUAUUAACUUUUGUAUAAAGGGCAUAGAAAUCUAAUUAUUAACAUUAAUUACCUGGUAAUUAACUCUAAGCAUCGAUUAACGUCCGUUGGGUCAAUGUUAUCGUAGUUCAUAAGUGUUUUUUUGCAAUUUUCGUCACAAUUUUAAGUAUAAGCUGUAGUGGGUAGUUGCUCCGUUUUAUUGAUACCAGAGAUUUCAAAAUACCCUCGAAACAUUGUUUGUAGAUCAAACUAUAAAUUGUUUGUUUCUAAAUUCGGAUAAUUUCUGGAAUAAUUACACAUGUUUUUUUAAAUCUAAAUCUCAAUAUUUUGCUCUGGUAUUUAUAAAAUGGAGGGUAGCUUGCGUGCGUGAAUGUUUUCAGGGUGAUGUUACAAUUUGAUAUAUUUCAUUGAAUGUGAAACACUUAAAAAAAUAACUUUCAUAAUGUAACAAUCCUUUAUCCUCUUAAGGCCCAUUGUCCUACCAGUAGUACUAAUUGUUUCAAUGUAAUUUAAACCAUAUUCAAUUCGAAAAGAUUCGAUGUUCGAUUUCUUUUGUUUCGUUCGAUUACAAAAUUCAGCCAUAUUUACUUCAAUAUGAUAUCAAAUUCAAAUACCAUGUUUUAUAUGGUGGGCCUUUAGAGUUUCUAUUAAUGGCAUGUAAUGGGCUAUAGGCAGUAUGGGGUUUUUAGAAUACAAAAAAAUCACUUCUUCGCCAGUAGAGGCGCUGCAAGUAUAAUUUAUUUCCUAAUUUAGAAAACUACCGAAAAUGUAAGGAAGUCUGUGUACUAUAUGUGGGUGCCAAAGCAGUCUUCCAUUCUGAAUGCAUACAAUUAUGUGGAAAUGCAAAUAAAAAACGGAAUUAGAUCAAGUUGUAACAUUGCCCUGGUAAUUUUAAAAUGUACGGUCCGAUCUUGUAGAUAUUUUUUUUAUUUAAUGUUCAAAAGUGUAAUGCCAUUUGCGGAAAAGACUAAUGUUAUAUAUUAAUGAAUACGAUAUUAUAAUUAUUAUUCAACAA